AUGGAUCCAUUCAGACCACCAACUUACAAUCAAUACCGACCGCCAUACGAACGUCAAUCUUUUAUUUCGCCAGCUAAUCAAUCUUAUGUACAUCAACAAUCCACAAGACCAAAUUACAUUCGACCAAAUUAUAGACCAAAUUAUGGACAUAUGCAAAUUAGUGGAAAUACAGGUCAUAUGGCUGCCACUCCAGGAUCGGAAGUAGAAAAAUUAACAACACUAUUUAUUGGUGGGAUAUCCGCCGGUGUUAUUGAUGAUUGGAUGGAAAAAAUUUUAAAGACUUGUGGUACACUAAAAUCUUGGAAACGUGUCAAAGAUCAAUCAGGAAACCCCAAAGGUUUUGGUUUUGCUGAAUAUACAGACGCUGAUAGUGUUUUACGAGCUUUACGUGUUCUUGGAGGUGAUGAUAAAAAAGAUAAAGGAGUUAUAUUACCUGCAUUGGAAGAAGGUGCUACCAAAAAAAAAUUAAUAGUUAAAGUUGAUGAAAACACUAGAAAAUAUUUGGAUCAAUAUGAAGCAUCAAGACCAAGAACAGUGCAUGAUACUGAACUUGAUAAAAAUGCAUUACUUGCUGUUAUAAAUGUGGUAGAGGAAAUGACCAAGCCACCUCAAGAGAUAGCAUUUUUCAGAGAACGUGCAGCUGCAAGAGAGCGGGAGCGUCAACGCGAAGAAGAGGAACGCUCAAAUAGACGUGCAAAAGCUGAACAAUCUAAAGAACGUUCUUCUCAUGAUAGAGAACAUAGGGAGAACAAAGAACGUUCAUAUCAUAACCAACCUAUUAAUUUUGUUCCUGCUAAAGAGUCAAGGCGUGAGGAACGUCGUUGGCAACAUAGAGAGGAAAUUAUUGCAGGAAAUAGAGAGCGUGAUUCAGAACGUGAGUUAAAUAUUCGAGAAAAACAAAUACGUGAUCGUGAAUUAAUGGCAAGAAAAUUGUCUGAAUUGGAUGAUGAUAUUGAGGCAGAAACAGGACAAGAAGAAUAUUAUAGAGAUAGAUCUCGUUGGUGGUUUCAUAGACAACAAUAUAGAACACGUGAACUAGCUAUGGACGAACAAGAUAGGCAGAAAGAGCAACAGGAGAUUGAGGCAGAGAAACGUCGAUUAGAAUGGGAGCAUACAAUUGAAGAAGAAAAGAGACAACAAAUAAAAGCCAUGGAGGCUGAAGAAAUUUCCAAAAAAGAUUCCUCAUUAAUAGCAGCAUCUAGUGUUUCACAAAACAAUAAUAUUAAGGCUAAGCUCACACUGAACAUUUCUUCAAAACGUCGUCCUGCUUAUAGCGAUGAUGAUGAUGAUGAUGAAAAGAAAAAUGAGGAAAGAAGAAAAAAGAUCAAAGAUUUGGUAGAAAUUAUUCCUACUAAUAAAGAAGGUUUAUGGAAAUGGAAUGUUAAAUGGGAAGAGUUGGAUGAGGCAAUUAUUGAUAAGAAAUUAAAGCCAUUUGUUAGUAAAAAAAUAGUAGAAUAUCUUGGUGUGCAAGAAGAUGAGUUGGUUUCAUUUGUAAUGGAUCAUCUUCGUAGUAAAAAAUCUGCAUCACAAUUAAUAAAAGAAAUGGAAAUGACAUUAGAUGAAGAAUCAGAGCUCUUUGUAAUGAAAUUAUGGCGGAUGUUGAUUUUUGAAACAGAGAGUAAAUCAAAAAAUUUCUAG